AAUGGCAUGUGAGAAGAAACAAACCGAAAUGAAAUAGUUCAAAGUUUUUGCUCUCCCAUAUAGGUAUUUUCUAGCAAGCUCCUUGGUUCCCUUUCGUUUUCUCCAUGUCUCAAACUCAAAGCGUACCAUGCAUUUAUUACUAGUACUACUUAGCUCGUUUCUUGUUUGUGUGUUUAUUUUCUCAUGACACUGUCCAUUGCAGCAGCUGCAGCCUGUAGUGUUAGUGGCUCCCCAAUAUAUGUACCUCUCUCUUUGCCCCCCUCUGCACACCUUGUCCCUUAUUCCGUACAUCCUUAGAAUAAUUUGACCACACCACCAUUUUGUUCCAUUACUACUCUUCAUUCUUUCUCUUAAAAGUGGAAAGAGACCAAUAAACUACUAAUAACGAACCCUUCUAUUCCCUCUUAUUACAUACCUCGCGAGCAUAAUAAGAGAUGCUUCCUUUUGGGGGCAGAUUCUACGGGUUCGAGAGCUGGCUAGACCAACCUCACCAACACGACUCAUCACCCUCUGAUGGAUUUUUUGUUCCCGAAGCACCUUUCAAGGCAACGGAUCUAUUAUUCGACGGAGCAGGCAGAUCAUCCAAACUGGAUAAUAAUAGGAAAUCAACGGAAGCCUGCAAGAGCCACAGGGAAGCCGAGAGGAGGCGCAGGCAGCGAAUCAACGCUCAUCUUUCCACCCUUCGCUCCCUCCUCCCUAACACCGCCAAGGCAGAUAAGGCGUCGUUGCUGGCGGAAGUGGUAAAGCACGUGAAGCGGCUAAAGAAAGAGGCCGAUGACGUGGCACGAGACCCGUCCAAACCCGACGCCGAAGCAGAACCGUGGCCGUUUCCGGGAGAAUCCGACGAGGCAACACUCAGCUACUGCGACGGAGAACCGAACCUGGUGAAGGCGACGCUGUGCUGCGAGGACCGGCCCGGUCUGAACCGGGACCUGACGCAUGCGAUUCGGUCAGUUCGAGCGAAAGCGGUUCGGGCCGAGAUGAUGACGGUUGGGGGCCGGACCAAGAGUGCGGUGGUAAUUCAAUGGCCAGCAGCGUCUGGUGGUGGUGAUUCAAAAGAAGGGGUGGAGGUUGGAGCUCUGGAACGGGCAUUGAAGGCAGUUAUUGAGAAUCGGGCUUUAGUGGGAUCUGGGAUGGGCCGCUUCGUGUUGGGUCAGAAGCGGGCUUGGAAUAGUUAUGAUUCCCCUGAUGAGGUUGAUUGCACCUUUUUGCUUAACAGAGAUGCUAGCAAGUAACCAUUUUUGUCUGCA